UAACAGAAUUUUGAAGUUCUUCGGUAGGAUACGUCAGUAGGAAAUACGCGGUGCUCAGUAUGAAAUUCAUUUAUUACAACUGUGUGUUAAUACAACUUGUUAUACAGUGCAUAUCAAUUUAAAGUAUUCUAUGUUACUUUUGAGUUUAUUAGAUUUUGAGAAAAUAGGCAUUAAGGAAUUACGUACAGUAUUUACUAAAACGUUCUAUUUACUGUUGCAUAAAAAGAAUUCGUAAUAAUGUUUGAAUGGGCAUAUGAUGGUGUUAAUGUCUCUAUACCACGUAAUGUAGGACCAGAAUGUGCAUAUUAUUUAAGUUUAAAACAAAGAAUUAUUGAAACAUUAUUUAUAUCAAUAUUCAUAAUAAGUUUUCUAGUAUGGGGUUACAAAAGAAUCAAAUUACCAUCUAAAGUAUCAUAUGUAAAUCAAGAUUGUGUUGGUAGAAGGAUUUUAUUAAUCAUUAUGUCAUUAGUAUUAGGAAUGGAAAUUGGAUUUAAGUUUACCAGUAGAACAGUUAUAUAUAUAUUGAAUCCUUGUCAUAUAACAUCAGCAGUACAGUUAUAUUUAUUGGCAGCAAAUCCUAGUCCUACGGUCACAGCUAUCUUUAGGAUACAUUUAAACUUCUUAAAUGGACCAUUUUUAGCAUAUUUAUUUCCAGAAACAGAAUCUCGCAGAAUAUUUGCAGAUAAAGCAUUAUACUACAUUCAACAUGGAUUAAUGGUGGUAAUACCAUAUUAUCUGUUGAGAAUUGGAGGUGUUUAUAAUAUCGAACCUCUAUCAGACAUGAGUUGGUGUAUAUUUAGUUAUGGAAUAAAUUUAGCUUAUCAUUUUUGGAUUAUCCAACCUAUUGCAUUGCCCACACAAGUAAAUCUUAGUCAUAUGUUAUGUGCUGCUAUUUUAGACCCAUUUGAAGGACAAAAUUAUCGAAUGUGGACAUUUAUUCAUCAAGGAUUACUAUGUCCAUUAUUAUGUAAGCUAUUUUGUUAUAUAUCUGAUUUUUUCUUAACAAAGUUUUCAUUGACUAAAGUAAAACCAACGCUUGAAUGUGUAUUUCCAACAAAAAACAAUUGUGAUGAUAAUGAGAAAUUAUAUGAAGAUACCUCAGGGAAUGGACAUACGCAUGUAAACUAGAAUAAUAUUUCGUAAUAUUGAUGAAUUAUUAUAUGAAUAUUAUUCUGCUGCAAUUCAAUUUGAUUCAAAAACAUAUAUAAGUUUAUAUGUCAAUAACUAAAUGAACACAAACUGAUUUGUGUUUAUUAUAUAUGCAUUCAUAAUAUAUAGUUAUAAUCUGUAACAAUUACAGAUUUUUUUUUAAUAAUCAAUUCUGUAAUUAUUUUUCACAUUGUAUAUGUGAAUACAUUGAAUAGAAACAGUGUAGAGCAAACUAUAAUAGUAAUUAGGGAUUUAUAAAUUUCAAAUAAAUACGUAAUGAAUAUCAUAAAUUUUAAAUAGGUCCUACUAUUGUGCUAUAUAGCACAUUUUUUUUCAUUUAGAAUUCUCUGAUUAUUCACUCUGAGAAUUCAAUGAUCUCACAUUUUUUAUGCAUCUGAUUAGGAAUGUUAUAUGUAAAUCAGUUUUCUAUUUAAAAACACGGCAAUUUUUAAAAAUACAACAAAAUACAAACAAAAUUUAAAGAGAAUAAUUGUUUUAUAUGCUAUUUUUUUAUUAUU